UAUUGUUAUGUGUACAAUAAUAAUACACAAGUUGCUGUUGGCUGUUGUUUGCACAUGAUUUUCAACACUGUUUAAACAUUAUAUUUGGGUUUCAAGUUGACGAAAGCGACCGAAAACGAAGAAAAGAAGUGAAAAAGCAAACAAGUUGAUAAAAUACUCAAACACACACACACAGAGAGAGAGAGAGAGAGAGAGAAAUAGUUGGUGCAUAUGUGUGUUGGCAUUUGAAUUGCCAGAUAUAUAUUUUUUUACGAUCUAUUACGAAACGUGCAACUAUUAAUCUUAAUAAAUACUAAUUGGAUACAAUACGCGCACGAGGCACACGAUCAAUCCAGAGAGAUCAACAACAACAACAACAACAACAACAGCAGCAAUUCAGCAGCCAAUUGAUGCGCGUCAUGCAGCUUGAACGUCACAGCGACGGCGACGGCGACGGCAGCGCAGCUGGAAGCCAUAGAAAAACGCAUCAAAAGCAGCAGGCAGCAGCCAAAAUGUGUUCCCGCAACAUAAAGAUCUCGGUGGUGCUGUUUCUUGUCUUGAUACCCAUAUUCACAGCGUUGCCACACAAUCACAAUUUAUCGAAGCGCAGCAAUUUCUUCGAUCUGGAAUGCAAGGGCAUCUUCAACAAGACCAUGUUCUUUCGCCUGGAUCGCAUCUGUGAGGACUGCUACCAAUUGUUCCGUGAGACGAGUAUACAUCGACUAUGCAAGCAAGACUGCUUCGGAUCGCCGUUCUUCAAUGCCUGCGUCGAGGCGCUGCAGCUGCACGAGGAGAUGGACAAGUACAACGAAUGGCGCGAUACCCUGGGACGCAAGUAAACGGACGGAGGGGCUUGACUUGAAGGCGGCAUAGAGCCAUAGCUAAACGCAUAAUACGAGUUAUACUUACAUAUAUUAUAUACUCACUCUAUAUACGAUAUGAGCACACAACUACACACACACACACACACACACACCCACGACAACUACAAGAGAAAAAGCACACGAGUUAAAAUAAUCACAGCAAAUACGCGAAUUACAUUUAAGUAAAAAUCAACGAAAAAUGUUGCAAACAAAAAAAAUAUAAUGCAUAACAAUACAUAAAUAAUAAACAUACUCAAGUAAAUAUAUAUGACAGUGUAACAUUUCUUCACGUCUAUUUUUCUUCUUGCUUAGAAGGUUUUGUACAAUUGUUUUUCGCUUUAGGGACCCCCGAUUUAAGUUUAGUUCUUCAACUCUCUAUAUAUAUAUAUGUGUAUAUGUAUAUGUAUUUAUGUAUUACGCCAGAAUUAUGUAUCUUCGAUUUUUUUUGUUCAAGCAAAGGACAAAAGUAACGAAAAAUUCAAAAUGUCUGAUGUAUAUAAAGAUAAUAAUUUGUUUU